AUGAUAUUCUGCAAUGUGGUUAAAGUUUUUACAUUAAUUACUUUCUUCUGUGAUGCUUACUCCCAAAAUAUAUAUUGCAGAGAGCGUGAGAGGCUCGUCUCGACAAACGCGGUAGAUUUGUUUCAAUUAGUAGACGCAACUCUUGGAUCAAAUAUAACGUUAAAAUGUACAUUUUGUGAUGAAGUUGACGAUGGUCAAGCAAAAAAUUGGUUCAAAUCUGAUAAACUAGGAACAAAAGCGAAAGAGCUCACUCCAGGAAUGGAAAACGAAAGAGAACUAAACAGACUUGUAGUAAAUACAGAUCAUAGUUUAAAUAUAUUCAAUGUUUCUUUACUUGACAGAGGAGUAUAUUAUUGCCGAAACUUAGAAAUGAAGGAAAUUAAUAUGGGGACUAAUUAUUAUGUUGAUAUUAUAAAUACAUUCACUGGAGAAACCGAAACAGGCAACCUGUCUGAUUGGAAAAUAUAUUAUGAAGAAUUCAUAUCAUCUAUCAAUAAACUUUUGCAAAAAUCUGAAGGAUACGAUUUUGUUCACGCCAGACAAAACCUAAAGCUCUCUAUGGAGUUGUAUACUUAUUGGGAACCCUUUAGUAAAUGUUUGUGUGACCAACCUGGUGGUAGUAGACAGAAGAAAAAGCGAGGAUUAUGUAGAAUUAAGUUAAGACACAAUGGAACGUAUAAUAAUGUUAACGAUCCUAAUAUAUCCUAUCUUUUAAAAGGUCAUGAAAUAUCUUGCAGAUCGCUUAUAUUUGAACAGAUAUUUCCAGGUGAGGAAUUAUUUAUAUCCAUAAACCAAAUUUUUUUAAAAUAG